CCUCUCGCUUCGACAUCACAGCAAAUCAUGUCUGCCGCGCUUCCUGGCAGUCGAGAUCUGCCCGCUUCUCGCCAUGAUCUCAGCACAUAUUGGGGACGCGUCAAGCACUCCGCAGACAUUUCCGAUCCGAGGACACUCUUCACCUCCUCCACCGGCCUCGAACAUGCCAAGUCUCUCAUCACACAAUACAAGCAGGGCACGAUUCAGCAGAUGACUCCUGAGCUAUGGACCGCCAAGAAGGUCGUGGAUUCGACUCUCCAUCCCGAUACCGGAGAACCAGUCUUUCUCCCCUUCCGAAUGUCCUGCUUCGUCAUGUCCAACUUGGUCGUCACCGCUGGCAUGCUCACGCCCAACUUGACCACAACUGGAACAGUCGCAUGGCAAAUCGCCAAUCAGUCACUCAAUGUGGCUAUCAAUUUUUCCAACGCAAACAAGAGUACACCAAUGUCGACCUCUAGCAUCAUCCAGUCCUACUUCCUAGCCGUAGGAGCCAGUUGUGGUGUAGCUGUCGGCCUCAACUCAAUUGUGCCUCGACUCAAGCGCCUCAGCCCAGCAGCAAAGGUUACUUUGGGUCGACUAGUGCCUUUCGCAGCUGUCGCCAGCGCCGGUGUCCUCAAUGUCUUCCUCAUGCGCGGCGAGGAAAUUCGACAAGGUAUCAACGUCUACCCUAGCGAGUCCGAAUCUGACAGGAAGAAGAGAGAAGAAGCUGGAGAGGCACUGGAGCCCAUUGGCAAGAGUAAGAAAGCUGCUACACUUGCAGUGGGAGAGACUGCUGUCUCCCGAGUACUCAACGCUACACCUAUCAUGGUCAUUCCACCCCUCAUCCUCGUCCGAUUGCAACAGACGCAGUGGCUGAAGGCAAGGCCGAGGAUGGUCACGCCGGUGAAUCUGGGCCUGAUUCUGACUACGAGUAUCUUUGCGCUGCCGCUUGCGUUGGCGGCUUUCCCGCAGAGACAGGCUGUAAAGGCUUCGAGCUUAGAGCAGGAAUUCUGGGAGAAGGGCGGCGAGAACGGUCUUGUAGAAUUCAAUAGAGGUAUAUGAUUUGUAGACGCUACGUCUUAGGCCCCGUCUUCUUUAGCAGGUUUCCGGUUUUCGAGCGUCGGUAUUACCGUCGGUUUCUAAGAAGACAGAUUACGAUAAUUACCGUACUACCGCC